AUGGACCAGCAAUCCGGCGUGGUCCAAGGCCAGACAUCAAUCUUUUCUUUUGCGAGUGUGAUGUGGUUGGUUGUAGCCUGGAUCGGCUAUCGAAUCGCAAUCGCGCUUUACAACAUCUCGCCUCUUCACCCCCUAUCUCGAUUCCCAGGCCCAAAGAUUGCUGCUGCAUCCUACCUCUACGAAGCCUACUACGACUGGUGGCUUGUCGGGCGCUAUGGCAAAGUCAUCUCGCGUAUGCACGAGAAGUACGGCCCAAUUGUACGCAUCAACCCCGACGAACUACACUGCUCCGACCCCGCCUUUACCGACGAGAUCUACGCUGGACCGGGACAUGUUCGUGACAAAUGGCAGCACCAACUGAACACUGGUGGGGCUGGGCCAGUCUCGGUGACUGGAUUCUCUACGGUUAACCACGAUCUGCAUCGUGCGCGAAGGGCGCCGCUGAACAAGUUCUUCUCGCGUCAGCAGAUGCUGAAGUUAGAAGGCGAGGUGCACGAAUUCGCAUCCAUGGUCGCAAAGAAGAUGCUCCGGUCAGCCGGCAAGGGUGCAUUUGAUGUCAAGGAAGCGUUCAACUGCUACACAGCCGAUGUCAUCUCUCAGUAUGCUUUUGGUGAGCCCAUGGGGUUUGUGGCGCAAGAAGGUUGGGAGCCCAACUUCGCUACAUGGGUCAAGUCAUUCUUCAAGAGCGCUUACAUGAUGCGCCACAAUGCCUUGGGCCGCAAGAUGGCCCAAGUCCUUCCCUUCAUGGCUGAUUAUCUAGGCGAAGAUAUCAAGGCAGUCAUGAAGGUCAUGAAUGUGACAAUUCCCCAGUACAUCGCGCAGGCGCUGAAAAAUCCCGAUAACGGACGUGUUUUUGCCGAAGUCAUGGGUAAAGAUAAGUCAAUGUCGGAAGAAGAGAAAUACAGGUACAACGGCGAGGGCUUCAAUUUCCUGCUUGCAGGUACUGAAACCACUGGUGCCAUUCUCACCGUCUUCACCUACUGGGCCCUCGCCAAGCCAGAGAUCAACCAAAGGUUGGCAUCUGACCUUGCACAAGCCGGUAUUAGCACACAAAAUCUGAAAUGGGUUGAGCUUGAAAAGGUUCCUUAUUUCUGGGCCGUGUUGCAGGAGUGUCUGCGCAUGAUGCCUGGAGUAUCGCAUCGAUCGGCCAGAAUUGCGCGCGAAGAGGACUUGCACUAUAUUUCGGCAGACGGCAAGACGGACUUUGUCAUUCCACGAGGCACACCCAUCGGCAUGACGUCCAUGAUCAACCACUGGAACACUGAGCUUUUCCCCGAUCCAGACGAAUUCCUUCCUGAACGUUGGCUACUGGAGGAUGGUACGCAGAACUAUUCGCUGCAAAAGAAGCUGAUUGCGUUUGGAAAAGGCAGUCGCGCCUGCAUUGGCGAACAACUGGCAUACUGUGAGCUUUACAUCAUGUGCGCAUACAUGGUGUUAGAUGUUCAUCCCAGGGCCAAACUGGUUGAUACAGUCAAGGAUGACAUUUCGUAUGACCACGACUUAAUCGUGGCACAGACGACGAAAGGGUCAAUUUCUGUUCGCAUCGCCGUAGAGUAG